UAGCAGCACGAUCAUACUGGAAUUAGUGAAACAUUUCCUUAGAUUUCUUCUUUGUCUCCUUGUGAGCUGCGUACGGCUCCCGAAACGUGGCUGUAAUAUAGUGAGGACGGAAUCCGGGGCCAAACGCUCUACUCCGUCACACCAGCUUAGCCAAAUGGCCCGGGGAGACGGCGCUGCGGACCGUCGGCGGGUCAUCGGCCAUGGUUCCGUCGACGACGAUGGCAAGCCCAAGAGAACAGGAACGGUGUGGACGGCGAGCGCGCACAUCAUAACGGGGGUGAUCGGCUCCGGCGUGCUGUCCCUGCCCUGGUCCAUGGCGCAGCUCGGCUGGGUCGCCGGGUCGAUCACGCUUUUCCUCUUCGCCGCCGUCACGUACUACACCUCCGCGCUCCUCGCCGACUGCUACCGCAGCGACGACGCCGUCACCGGGAAGAGGAACUACACCUACAUGGAGGCCGUCCAGUCCUACCUAGGUAGCAGGCAGGUGUGGUUUUGUGGCCUCUGCCAGUACGUCAAUCUCGUUGGAACUGCAAUUGGGUACACCAUCACAGCAUCGAUCAGUGCCGCGGCUUUGUACAAGGCCGACUGCUUCCACAAGAACGGCCACUCUGCCGACUGCGGCGUGUACACCACCAUGUACAUGGCCGUGUUUGGGAUCUCCCAGAUCGUCUUCUCGCAGCUCCCCAACCUCCACGAGAUAGCCUGGCUGUCCAUCCUCGCCGCGGUCAUGUCCUUCUCCUACUCCGCGAUCGGCGUUGGCCUCGCCUUGGCACAGACCAUAUCAGGUCCUACUGGCAAGACAACAAUGGGCGGCACUGAAAUUGGGGUAGACGUCACUAAUUCGGCCCAGAAGAUAUGGUUGACGCUGCAAGCGCUCGGCAACAUUGCAUUCGCCUACUCAUACUCCAUGGUUCUCAUAGAAAUUCAGGACACGGUGAAGGCGCCUCCGGCCGAGAACAAGACGAUGAGGAGGGCAAACCUAUUGGGGGUCUCCACCACCACGGCCUUCUACAUGCUCUGCGGCUGCCUCGGCUACGCCGCCUUCGGCAACGCGGCGCCGGGGAACAUGCUCACCGGGUUCGGCUUCUACGAGCCAUUCUGGCUCAUCGACUUCGCCAACAUCUGCAUCGUCGUGCACCUCAUCGGUGCCUACCAGCUCUACUGCCAGCCCAUCUACGCCGCCGUGGAGAGCUGGGCUGCGGCGCGGUGGCCGGGCUCAGACUUCGUGGUCCGCCAGUACCGUCCCUUCGCCGGUGGCAAUUUCAGCGUCAGCAUGUUCAAGCUGGUGUGGAGAACGGCGUUCGUCGCCGUAAGCACGGUCCUUGCCAUUUUGAUGCCCUUCUUCAAUGCCAUCCUUGGCCUCCUUGGCGCGCUCGCAUUCUGGCCGCUCACAGUGUACUUCCCCGUGGAGAUGUACAAACGUCAGAGCAAAGUGGAGAGGUUUUCCAAGAAGUGGGUGGUGCUGCAGAGCCUGAGCUUCACGUGCUUUGCGGUGACGGUGGCAGUGACCGUCGCAUCCGUGCAGGGGAUCACCCAAUCACUCAACAACUAUGUGCCAUUCAAGACGAAGCUGUGAAUGAAAUCCACCUUUUAAGUCAAUAAAAUCCACCUUUUAAGUCAAUAAAAUUCACCCUUUGUCGAAAAAAAACGAAGUUGUUAGCUAUGUAAAGACCGGGUGUGUGCUUAUUGUGUUUGUAUCUACUUAAUGCUUCAUUUUGAGUC